AUGGACAGAGAACAGCACGAGCUUCAAUUUCUGGGGUUCUUUGGCAUCUUCAAAGAAUCCUUCAAAAUCAUAUUUUCAUGGAGAAAGAUCUUCAGCAAAAUCACCCUAGCUCUGAUCGUCCCACUCUCCUUUAUCUUCCUUGCUCAAAUCAAAAUCUCAUACCUCCUCUUUUCCGAUAUUGUAGACGAGAAGUACAGCUUGGAAAACAACCCAAAGAAUUCUUACGAGCAUGAUAAUCUCUCUCGUAUCAUCUCCUCUGAUUGGACUUAUUUCUGGCUCUUCAGAGCAGCCUGCUUCAUCUUCCUUGUUAUCCUCUCCCUCCUUUCAACCGCCGCAAUCGUCUAUACCAUCGCAUGCAUAUUCACAGGCAAAGAAACUACCUUCAAGAAGGUCAUGCGUAUUGUCCCAAAGGUUUGGAAAAGGCUUCUGGUCACUUUCAUAUGGAGUUUUCUUUUUGUUGUAGUGUACCACAUUGUUGCAGCAGUAUUAUUCAUCUUGUGGGCGGCUUUUAUUGGAGCUUCUACAGUUGGAUUUGUGAUCGUAAUAGUUCUUUUGAUCUUAUACUUGAUUGGGUUCGUGUAUAUAAGCAUCGUUUGGGAUUUGGCGAGCGUGGUAUCCGUGUUGGAGGAUGUUUAUGGACUUAAAGCCAUGAUUAAGAGCAAAGCCUUAAUAAAGGGAAAGAUGGGAGUUGCAGUUGCCUUCUUUAUCCUGAUUUCUGUUUGCCUUGUUGCAAUUGAAAUGAUAUUUGAGUAUUUUGUUGUGCUGGAAAUGGUACCCAAUAUAGCAAUUAGCAUUAUGGUUGGGAUUCUUAGCUUCUUGUUUCUAGUCAUGGUGAGUCUCUUUGGUUUCGUUGUCCAAACUGUUGUCUACUUGGUCUGCAAAUCGUAUCACCAUGAAGACAUCGACAAGCCCUCCUUAGCGGAUCAUCUUGAGGGUUACCUAGGGGAGUAUGUUCGUCUAAGGGCACCCAAGGAUAAUUUCCAACUUGGGGAGGUUCAAGUCUAG